AUGUUGUUCUCUGCUGUUCUUAUGCCACCUUCGCCCGAUUUCAUAUCUAAAUCACAAAGAGAAAAAUGUUGGAAAUCACGUGAUGCCUUUUGGGAAUGUGUUAAUGAUAUAUUGCCGAAAAAUUCAGAGCCUGAUCAAGAUUUGAUUAAAAAACAUUGUAGCAAACAAAGAAAACUUUAUGAAGAAACGUGUCCACCAGUAUGGGUCAGUUUAUUCGAUAAGAAAAAAGAUUUUGAACUGUUCAAGGCUCAGAAAUUCGAGGAGCAGUUGAUAGAAAAUGCUAGAUCACAGAGUUAGUGUUUAUAAGCAGCAUGUGAUUUAGUGUAUAAAUGAAACUAAUUUAUUUCAGAUUUCAAUAACUGUAAAAUAAAAGUAAUUUCAAUU